UGGAGUCAAGCCCUCGGCUAGACGGUAGGCAAAAACACUCUCAUCAGCCUUGCUGCUUUCCCUUUGCCGGCCUUUAUCUGGAUCUCACUCCCCUCCUAACCUCCCCCCCAUCAUCUCACACUCGCACUCACGACUGCUGUGUGUUUCGGGCGCAGGCCGGCCUCUGCCAUCAAUUGGAGUCCUUUUAGCACCCACCCUCACGCAACAUCAAAGUUCGGGAUGCGAGUUGCACCGAACGUCUCCUGUCCGCUCCACUCAGACGGCCAUUUCGCGCCCUCUUUCCAUUCACGACAACCUUCACUGGUAACAGAGCGUACCUUGGCACGAUCAAGCGAUUUCAGAACGACGAAAUGACGACGAUAACUCACAUUGCACGGCGAGCGCGUUCGACUGGCGAUUUUCGGUAUCGACGCUCGCCCCUCUUGAUGCACGUCGUUUUGAGCAUCACCGUCUUUCUCAGCUCAUUCAUCUCGAGUCCAUCAACCGCCUGCCUUCUACGCUAUUCCGAUUUUCAUUUGCGCUUCACCUUACCAUCGCUUGCGUUGCUGUAUGGUCUUGCAAGACCAUUCCUUGCUCGCCUGGAUAAGGCCAAGCUGAUGGUGAUAUCCCUUCUAGCGUUGGUAUGGACUACACCGUGGGAUAACGUCAUCGUCAAGAACAAAGCUUGGAGCUAUCCGGAAACCUGCGUGUUGGCUAGAAUAGGUCAUGUGCCAGUGGAAGAGUACGCAUUUUUCAUCAUCCAAUCGCUCAUCACGACGCUCUUUGCCACAUUGAUCCUUCGAUGGCAACCGCCCACCGCGUCUCAGACACACCGGCGAAGGCUGUUCUUGGUGCCCAUUGUCGUCUUCUGCGUCGGUUUGCACUACGCCAAGAAGGAGACACACACGUACUAUGGCGGCAUGAUUGCCUGGUGGGUCUCAGUCCCACUCACGCUCCUCUGGUUCGGCGUUCAAGGGGCUUGGCAAGCGCUGUCUUUCGGCCGAAAAGCUUUAUGGCUUUCUGUUUGGAUCAUCCCGACAUUAGCUCUGUGUGCUGCUGAUCGCUACGCGAUGCAGAGAGGAACGUGGCACAUCAACGAGGCCACUUCGGUGAACAUAUUUCCAGUGUCCGACCUGCCGAUCGAAGAGGCCGCAUUCUUUGCAGUCACCAACUUGCUGCUGCUGAGCGCCUUCUUGGCCUUUGACACGACUGUGUUUCAUUUGCGCGUCUGCGCUCCAUCUAGUGUUGCACCUCUAGGCGCAGUCCAUCUGCCCUUCGCCUGGUCUACCGUUGGUGCCCUUUGGAAAGCUUUCAUUUCUUUCGACAGCUUCUCAUCUGGAUCGGCAAAGGGGUCCAUGGAGCGUAGCGACGAAGCAGACGAUGUUCGGACCGCCUUGCGAGUGCUGGAAAAAGCUAGCAAGAGCUUCGCUGCUGCUGCCAAACUUUUACCCUGGGACUUGCGCAGGGACCUGUCCUGCCUGUAUGCGCUGUGCAGGGCCGCCGACGAUGUCGUCGACGAGGUUGUCCCCACCGCCGAAUCGAAAGCGAGUGCAGUGGCGGAAGGAACUUCGAGCAAACGAAACGUCAAGCUUGACUUCUUGCAUGGAGUCAUCGAAGCUGUCUUUGAUCCUUCGAAAGACAAAUCCGACUCGCAAAUAAGGCACAACGUGCUCCGGGCGGUAUCGUCCUUCUCCAUGGGUGAAGGGGAUGAUGGGCUCGCGGCUGAUCAGCUGGAGGAGGUGAGGGCGUGCGCUUGUGCGUGCAUUUCACUGCGACAUAUUUUGCCUCUGUCUCUCUUCCGAGAGCUUUUGAGGGGAUACGAGAUGGAUCUGAAGCUCGGAAGCACGACCCUAGCCAUCGCAAGGUUCGAGGCUUCUCGAACAAUGCGCACAGAAGAACAGCUGAUGGACUACUGCCAAUGUGUCGCGGGAGUGAUUGGAGAGAUGGUCGUUCGAGUGGUGUUGGGUCGCACUGGUCACUUGAUCCCCAAGGACUUAGCCGUGAGCCGGGAUGUUCGAGCGCAGAAUGCUCGAGUUGACAAGAAAAGCGACACUUCGACACGGCGGAUGGAAGAGCUUUUGUGGAACGCUAGGAAUAUGGGCGUGGCGUUGCAGCUCAUCAACAUCGCCAGGGAUGUAGUGAGCGACGCACAAAGCCUCCAGCGGUGCUACCUCGUCAUUUUAAAGCCGCAAGACGAAUGGAUCUCGCACGCACUCUCUCUAGGCAAGAUUCGAUGCUUUGCGGCCGAGGAACCUGCUGCCAAGCAUAACCAGACAGAGAACGACCAAGUACCGACGACGAGGGACGUCCGACCUCAUGUUCUGGCCUUGUUGGACCGCGCCGAAAAUAUCUUUGAACAGUCCUUGCCAGCGCUUAGGGCUUUGCCCUGUGCGCCCGCUCGAGCAGGCCUCAGAGCAGCCUGCUGCGUCUAUGCGGCCAUCGCUCAUCAGAUCAGAGCUCAGGAAGAAUCAGCUUGGGAAAGAGGAGAAAGAGCUUUCGUCUCUUUCUACAACAGGUUGUGGAUCGCUCUUUGUGCUGUGUAUGCUGAGGGUUGAGAGCUCGCGUUCGUGCAUGACGCGGGCGGCUCGUUCGACGUGCAUGACUCUAACCCUGCCCUGCUUGCCUGUGCUCUACGAACAACAAUGCUGCGUGCCGCAUCCGCUCAAGUCACGAAUGUCACCCACAUUACGCCCGUACUGCUGCCAUACGUGCGUGAGAUGUGCACAUCUUACGCGAAUGCUCUUCAUCACGAACGAUGGCCAGUCAAUGAGAGUUGGUGUU